AUGCAGUUAACACCAGGUCCAAAACUAGGGAAGUUGCUUGCCCUAUUCCCUGUAUUAUACAAUUCAGGGGGUACGUGUAUCCUUCUAAUUAUUACUGGAGGUAGGAUGCUGGACCUCAUAUUCAAAACCCUAUGUGAUUAUGAUGCCAUGUGUCAUGCUAAAUCAUUGACAAAUACAGAGUGGUUCUUGGUGUUCACGUGCUUAGCAAUACUUAUAGCCCAACUACCAAACCUAAACUCUGUAGCUUGGGUGUCUUUAAUUGGGGCCAUCACAGUCGUUCUAUAUUCUACUUUGAUAUGGACUCUCUCAAUUACCAAAGACAGGCCAAUAGGCAUAUCCUACGGUCAAUCUGACAAAUUGAAAUCUAACAUGGAAAAAUUUAGCGAUGUGUUGAAUGCGCUUGGGAUCAUUGCCCUCACAUUCAAAGGACAUAAUGUUAUCCUCGAGAUACAGGGAACAUUGCCUUCAAGUCCAAAACAAACAUCCUAUAAGUCAAUGUCCACAGGGGUGACAAUAUCAUACAUAGUAAUCGCUAUGUGCCAAUAUCCCCUUGCAAUAGCUGGAUUUUGGGCUUAUGGAAACAAGGUACCGUAUGGUGGAGGACAAGGAUUGUUGACUGCAUUUUCACAAAUCCACGGGCCAAACACCUCGAAGUUAAUUUUGACCGCAAUUUACGUACUUGUAUUGGUGAACUGUUUAUGUACAUUCCAAGUUUACGCCAUUGUUGUUUUUGACAACUUGGAAGUUAGAUACACAAGCAAGAAAAAUCACCCAUGCCCAAGAUGGGUUCGCACAUGCCUUCGCAUUUUCUAUGGAGGGUUGGCUUUCUUUCUUUCUGUGACUUUUCCAUUUUUGGGAAGCCUAGCACCUUUAGUUGGAGGUGCAACAUUGCCUUUAACUUUUGCUAAUCCAUGUUUCAUGUGGAUUGCAGUGAGGAAACCUCGACCAAAUGGUUUGGUUUGGUUUAUAAACAUGGGUUUAGGUUGCUUUGGCAUUGUCUUGACUAUUCUAAUAGUUAUUGCAGCGGCUUGGACCUUAGCUGAUAAAGGCCUAAAAGCCAACUUCUACAAGCCUUAA